AUGGUCAGCAAAGAAGCAUUCCUCCCCGUCGCUACUGAAGAAAGUGCGGACUUGGAAGUCCCCAUGUACUCUCCUGAGGUUCCACCAUCCGAAUUUGGCAUGUCUUCGGCUCAUAACAAUAACGCCACUCAUGCCACUGGUAUUACUGGCGAACACGAACAACAUCUGUAUUGCAAUUAUUGCUGUGAUACUCGCCGGGCAGUCUUGGUAGUCAAUGUCAUUAGCAUAGUGAUUAACUUGGUUGUGUUGUUGGUUGUGAAUGUGGGAUUCAAUUUCAUCAUUAACAACCCCGACGAAGUCGAGAAAGACAUGACGGAGGAAGAAAAGGCAAACUUGGAACAGGCAUUGCAUUCUGGUUAUCUGGAAAUGGUCGAAGCCAUGACGGACGCCUUUUUGGUAUUGUCCAUGGCCAUGCAUGGUUGCGGCAUUUUUGGCGCACUUAAAUUCAAAAAGUGGGCUGUGGCCACUGCUGGUUCUGCCUAUGCCAUUAGUUUUGUCCUUCACUUGAUGGGAGGGUCCUUUAUCAAUGUUAUCCUUGCAGGGGUAUUGGGAUAUCCUCAUUAUUUCUUUAUUAAGGAAAUCAACGAGGGUAUCAUGUCCGAUUACAAUUACCACAAUGUGGCCCACUGCUGUGGUGGAAAGUAA